UGAAGCCCAUAUCUAUUUACCUUCUAAAUUGCACUUAUUAUCAGAACACACUUUUAUUAGUCAAAAGCUUCUAUACCAGUAUCUUGACACCCCUCUUAAGUCUCAAAUACAUGAAACACUUAAUCUCAACAUUGCUAUCUACAAUAUUCAAGGUUUUAAUGAUACAGAAAAGAAACUCCUAUUAGAAGAAUAUU